ACAGAACAGGGUUUGGGUUAAGCAAAGCUCAACGCCAAGGCAACAGGAAAUAAAAAGCAGCAACUUCAACACGCAGAAUACAUGCCUCAAGAGUGUGCAAUGAUUUAUUAAGUGUAUCCUCCAUGUAUUUCUGUAAGACUUUUAAAAAAUGUUUUCCUUUCUCACCUCCUUUUUGCCGACUUCCUACCUCCUACCCGGAUGGCUGAUACUGGACACAAACCCUCUGAUUGGUUUACUUCAAGGGCUGGUGGGGGCAUGUGGGAUUUCUGUGCUGUGCUCCCUCUUCAGAGUACAUCUAUUGAUAGAGGAGAGCUGGAAAGAAAAGAAUAAUGAAGGCACAUCAAGUGGGAGGUCAAGCAGUAAGCCAAUGAGAGCUAAACAUGGACUUUUUGGAAUGCUCCAGUUUCUCUUUGUGACUGGGAUACUGGCCAUUGUGGGGUCCCGUGUGGCGUCACUGGUGGUACUGGAAUUCUGCCUGCGAGCCGUCUCUGGCCUGCUUACAGCUGGACCGGAAACCAGGAAGUUUCUGCAGCAGCUGCUAGUGCAAAGCCAGUUCUCCUUGGGCUGUGCCAUCAGCUGCAGUUUGCACUUUCUCCACGAGGGGGCAUCCCAGCGCUGGCUGUGCCUUCUCCUGGCAGCAGCUCUCAGUUGGUAUCUGGCAAAAAAGGCAGCAGCCCUUCUGCAUCAUGUCAUUGUUCUGUAUAAGCUGCACAGCUCCCAGCGCUACUGCGGCAUUUGCAUCAGCCUGCUCACAUCAGGCUGCUAUCUGCAGCCCAUGCUUUGCAGGACUAUGAUCAUUGCCUUUUUUGUGGCCGUGCUGGCAGCCGUAUCGAUCAUCAACCAACAGUUUCUGUCUGCAACCGAGGCCUUGAGGUUCUGGACACCGCUGACUAUCUGCUACACAUUGUUGGUGGUGUACAUGCAGGAAGAACAGCAUCGUCUGCCGAGCAGCCAAGCUGUCCUCAAUGCAGUAGUCGUGCGUCUCGGGGGUUUGAUGGUCCUGAUGCUGACAGUGGGACGCUGGGCCGAUGUGUUCCACAUCUUAAUAUGUUUCCUCGGUGAGGCCAGCUGUCUCAUCUCAAACAUGGAUCUGCUGGAUGCAGCGUCCUCGCAGGUCAGUCGGUUUCUCUGGAGACCAUUAAACUGGGGCAGAAUACCAAAUGUGCUUAUCAAACUGCAUUCCAGGGAGAAAAAGAACUUCUUAAACUUUUAUCCCAGGAGGGGAACAGUUUAGGAGUCCCUACGACACAUUUAGGUCAGAGAACUCUCUAACUUGUGUAAAAAAAAACAAAAAAAAAAACAAGCCUACUUUUCUUUUCACAAAUCUUAUCUUGCUGUAAUAACUAGGCUUUUAAAACACUACAUGAAAUUAACAGAACACAUGAAAAAUUAACUACUUAAUGCACUGAUUUAGAAAAAUAAGUGUAAUCUCUUCUGACUGUAAAAAGUAGAACAAAUGAAUUUUAGUAACUAAUUAAGUUCAAAUAUAAAUUGUGUUUUAAAUAUUGAUAUUAAAAUAUCUAGAAUAUUCAAUUUAGAGCUAAAAGAGCAAGGCCAUUCAAACGCUGACAAGCCAUAACAUUAUGAUUUGAAUAAAACAUUGCGCUGUAAAAUCUUAGCGCUGUUUGUGCUGUUUUCCUGUCAAUAGUCAUAAUGUUAUGGCUCAAUGGCAAAUACUCUGUCUCUGGAAGUUAUUCGUGCAUUUUUUUUCUGUCAUAUGGUUUCUGCACACAGGACGAAGAGGAUUUUACAAACUAUGCAAGAAGAGAUCGUCGACAAACAUCACAAACACAUGUGAAGCAGCAUCCCAGAUAGCAUGGACUAUUCUGAGGAGGUCAUAAUACGUAAACAUCAGAUUUUUGCAAUGUCUAAAUAGACCUGUACUGUUAUUUUACUGCAAUUUGUCAUAAAAUUCCUCCCAUGUUAUUUAAUGCAGUUGCUCUACAGAAGUGAUAAUAGAUCACUACUACACUUAUAAUUUUUAUGAUUAAAGUCAGAAAUUUGACAUAAUAAUACCUGAAAGCAUGGUUAAUUGGGGGGGGGGGGGGGGGACCCCACAGUUCUGGGAAUAUGGGUGACCUUGUAACUAAAGAGCCCUGUAUAUUUUUACUUUUUUGUUGUUAGUUUUUGCUUAAAUAUUAGUCUGAAUUGUAUUUUGGCUUGUAUAAAAAAUAUAAACCAGAUUUGUAUGUAAAACCCAUUAUUGUUCGUUUUUUCUCUGUUAUUUUUCACUAGUGGAAACAUUUGUAUUCAAAAGUAUUCAGUAAAACAAAGGAAAAGAAAACUUUUAAAACUGCACACUCCAAUAACACUUACUAUGAGACU